GGAGGCUGCGUCUCAAGUCCAUUUUCAAAUCUCAUUGGUGGGCUUGUCAUGUGGUCGGGAGGCAUCCUGACUUACACGGGAGAUUGUUUUUCCUAGAUAUGUCAGCUUACAAAGGACAUCUCUCUCCUCCAAAGAGCCUAACCCCCCAAAAUGUCCUUCCCCAGUAGCUCUCCUGCGGCAAACACGUUCUUAGUGGACUCUCUAAUCGGGGCUUGCAGGACGGACAGCUUCUACUCCAACAGCAACAUGUACAUGCCGUCCGGCUCCGACAUGGGAACUUACGGAAUGCAAACCUGUGGACUCCUGCCGUCUUUCGGCAAACGAGGGGAGGUCAGCCACCAAACUAUGGGCAUGAAUGUCCACUCGUACAUACCUCAGAUAGAUAACUGGGCUGACCCGAACAGAGCCUGCAGAAUAGAGCCGUCCACUCCGAUGACAAACUGUUCGUUCUCACAGAGCAUAAAGGAGGAGAGUAACUGCUGCAUGUACUCCGACAAGAGAGUGCAAAAAGUCAGCCUGACAGAAGUCCCCGCUUAUUCUAACGUGACCCCCGAGUCCUGUCCCGUCGACGGUCCCGAGGUCCCGGUGCCGGGCUAUUUCAGACUGAGCCAAACUUAUGCGAACGGGAAGCAGCAGGAGAACUACUGCCACGAGCCGCCGAGUCCCAACCCGACGCUGAUGCAGCUCAGCCGGCUCACCCCGAAACCGCAGCCAUCCUCCGCCUCGUCGUCGUCGUCGUCGUCCUCCUCCUCCUCCAAUUUCGCAGAGGUCGAGAAGAAAGGCGAGGACGACCCCGACACCUCGAGGACUCCGGUGCCCGCGCAAAGUCCCGACCCAAAGUCGGGCUCGGAGGAGAGGCACUGCUCCAUGGACAUGGAGGCGCCCCUGUCCAGUCCCGAGCUGCAGCUGAAGGAGGGGAAAGGCUGCAAGAGCGACGCGCCGACCAGCAACUGGUUAACGGCGAGGAGUGGGAGAAAGAAGCGGUGCCCCUACACGAAGCACCAGACCUUGGAGUUGGAGAAGGAGUUCCUCUUCAACAUGUACCUGACCCGAGAGCGCCGCCUAGAGAUCAGCAGGGGCGUCAACCUGACCGACAGGCAGGUCAAGAUCUGGUUCCAGAACCGCAGGAUGAAGCUGAAGAAAAUGAACAGGGAGAACCGCAUCCGCGAACUCACCUCGAAUCUCACCUUUUCGUGAGCUCGCAUUCUUUCCAGUGGUUAGCUCUUCAUUUUAUUUGUAAUGUCUCUCGUAUUCAGUUUGAUGCUUUUGGUGGCAUUGGACGUUUAUCUAUCAAUUUCAGCGAAACUGUGACUAUACGUGUGCCCCCUUUUAGUACUUUGUGUGGCGUCUCGUGUUCUAUUUGUUUCAUUUUUUUGUUUUUUUUUAUCACAUCAGGGUAACACUUUUUGUUCUUAAAUUAUUGGAGGAGCAAUUCUCCCCCCUCUGGCGUGUAGACAUGGAUAUAUUCUAUUGUGUCGGGGCGGUGAGCCGUGUGGAAGGAUGUUCCUUUAUUUCAGUCAUGAAAGCACAUUUAUUGUCGUGUAUGUGGUGCAACAUUUGUUUUUACAGUGAAAAGUGCAAAGCCAAUUUGCUCAGUAGUGAAAUGUUUUCAGUGGGCCUUUUUUUUGAAGUGGCGGAAAACGGUGUUCAUCUGUGGAUUUGACUGCAUGUGUGUGGCAUGUAUCUUGCAAUAAAUAGAUUGUCAAAUAA